AAGAAGGAACUUCGUGGUUACGGCCGCCUGUUUCCGGAUUUGACUGAUCAUCUUAAGGAGCCACAAUUCCACACGUAAACUGUGAAGCCACUGUAAUCUUGCAGCUUUCCAUCUUUGUCUUAUUUAUCUUCUGAUUUGCAGCGAUGGCAUUCCAGGCCAACGUGAUCAGUUCUCAGCCUCAGGUCUCGGUCACCCAGUACACCAUGACCUCCGCACUGACAGACUGGACCACAAACGUGUGCGACUGCUGUGACGACUGCGGGAUCUGUCUCUGUGCGACCUUCAUUCCCUGCAUCUUGGCCUGUAAGGUGGCUCAGGACAACAACGACAGCUGCUGUGUGGCCUGUCUGCCUGGCGCUUUAAUCGCUCUCAGAACAAGCAUCCGCAGCAGAUAUCGCAUUGCUGGCUCGGUGUGUGACGACUGGGUGGUCAUGUCCUGCCUGCCUCUGUGUGGCCUCUGUCAGAUGGCGCGAGAGCAGAAGACGAGAGGAGUUUAGGUUGUUUAAGUCUUAAGGCGAGUGCAUGUGUACUGUCUGGUCCAUAAGUAUUUGGACAGCGACAAUCCAUGUGUAAUUUUGCCUCUGUGCACCACCGCAAUGGAGUUGAAAUGAAAUAAUGAAGAUGUACUUAAUGUUGAUUUUCAGCUUUAAGGGACGUAACAAAAAUAUCACAUUAACAAUUGGGGUCAUUUUGUACGUCUCAUUUUUCAGAUGUCAUAAGC